AUGCAUAAAAUGCUUCUCUCAUUCUUUUCAUCCAAAACAGCGGCGUGAAGCAGAAAGAAGAGGAAGGAGGAGGCGAAACCCUAAGUUUGCACCACCACCAGAAGAAGAAAAUGGGUAUCGAUUUAAUUGCAGGAGGAAAAAGCAAGAAAACCAAAAGGACAGCACCAAAAUCCGAUGAUAUCUACUUGAAACUUCUUGUCAAGCUGUACCGAUUUUUGGUACGAAGAACUGGAAGCAAUUUUAAUGCUGUGAUCCUCAAGAGGUUGUUUAUGAGCAAGGUUAAUAAAGCUCCAUUAUCUCUCUCUAGAUUGAUCAAGUUUAUGGAUGGAAAGGAUGGGAAGAUUGCUGUCCUUGUUGGUACAGUUACUGAUGAUGUUAGGACUUAUGAAGUACCAAAAAUGAAGGUAGCUGCUUUGAGGUUUACAGAGACAGCCAGAGCUAGAGUUGAGAAAGCUGGCGGAGAGUGCUUGACCUUUGAUCAGCUUGCUCUAAGAGCUCCUCUUGGACAGAACACGGUUCUUCUUAGAGGUCCUAAGAAUUCUCGUGAAGCUGUGAAGCACUUCGGAGCACCUGGUGUUCCACACAGUCACAGUAAGCCAUACGUGCGAUCAAAGGGAAGGAAGUUCGAGAAGGCUAGAGGAAAGAGAAACAGUAGGGGAUUCAGAGUUUAAGUUAUAUUUUGCUGUGUCUUUUGUUGAGUUAAACUUAAUAGUGUUUCAACUGAGUAAGGAUCAAACUAAAUUUGCCUGUUUGUUUUUCAAAUUUUGUUAGACAAGAAUUAUUGAAGAUAUUUCAAGUUGAGAUCAUAGUUUUAGUUCUCCAUA